UUUCGUAUUGGGUUGUUGGGUCUCGUUGCACUUCUCUCCCUUUCUUUCUCCCUCUGCCGAUCCGAAGAUAAUCUCUCGUUCACAAUUCCCCCUCCUCCAAAUUCACCUCCAUUCUUUAGUCAUCGCUCUCAUUACUUCUUUGGUUUUAUCAUUUUUUCCUUCUCUUUCUCCCUUCUAUUUUUUUUAUCUCAAACCCUUUCUCACUCUUCCGUAUACGCGUCGACGCGCUGUCAUCGUACAAACGAACGUACACACAUAUCGAUCUUUGAUCGAGCGUUUCUCUCAGCCGUUUCAGAGGAAAGAAGCGUUUGCAACUUUUCCUCGGGAUUCUUUCUCGUUUUUCCUUCUCUCUCUCUUUUUCUCUCUCACGCUAGCCGCCGAAUCUUUCUUCCAUUGUAACGAGACAAACGUAACAAAGUUGUGUGACAUCAAGUUUUUGGCGUUUGAAGGAACGUGAGACACGUAUACACAAGCGGGCAGGAUGAACGACAUGGAGGCCUACGGGGAUGGAUACAUGGCACCCGAAGAGGAAUGGGAGAGGGAGGGUCUCUUGGAUCCUGCUUGGGAGAAGCAGCAAAAAAAGACAUUCACAGCUUGGUGCAACUCGCAUCUACGCAAAGCAGGCACUGCCAUCGAAUCGAUCGAAGACGAUUUCAGGAAUGGGUUGAAACUGAUGUUACUGCUUGAGGUUAUCUCAGGUGAGACUCUUCCAAGACCCGACAGAGGCAAAAUGAGGUUCCACAAGAUUGCCAACGUAAACAAGGCCCUCGAUUAUAUCGCUAGUAAGGGCGUUAAACUAGUUUCAAUUGGUGCGGAAGAAAUCGUUGACGGCAAUCUAAAGAUGACUUUGGGAAUGAUAUGGACCAUUAUCUUGAGAUUCGCAAUCCAGGAUAUCUCUGUAGAGGAGAUGACCGCGAAGGAAGGACUGUUACUUUGGUGCCAACGCAAAACGGCACCGUACAAGAAUGUCAACGUUCAAAACUUCCAUUUGUCCUUCAAGGAUGGUCUCGCGUUCUGCGCUCUUAUCCAUCGUCAUCGGCCCGAUUUGAUCGACUACAAUAAACUCAGCAAAGAUAACCCCCUGGAAAACUUGAACACUGCCUUCGAUGUCGCUGAAAAGUAUCUCGACAUUCCUCGCAUGUUAGAUCCCGAUGAUUUGAUCAACACUCCCAAGCCGGAUGAGCGAGCUAUCAUGACGUAUGUGUCCUGCUACUACCACGCGUUCCAAGGUGCCCAGCAGGCAGAGACAGCGGCUAACAGAAUCUGCAAGGUAUUGAAGGUGAAUCAAGAGAACGAACGUCUUAUGGAGGAAUACGAGCGCUUGGCUUCCGAUUUACUCGAAUGGAUACGACGAACACUACCAUGGCUCGCGAAUCGACAGACUGAUAAUUCCCUCGCCGGUUGUCAGAAGAAACUAGAGGAGUACAGGACAUAUCGGCGCAAACAUAAGCCGCCGCGUGUUGAACAGAAAGCCAAGCUGGAAACGAAUUUCAAUACCCUUCAGACGAAACUGAGGCUGAGCAACAGACCGGCGUAUAUGCCCACAGAAGGAAAAAUGGUGUCUGACAUAAAUAAAGCAUGGAGAAAUUUGGAGUUGGCCGAAAAGACGUUCGAGGAUUGGUUAUUGUCCGAAAUGAUGCGUCUGGAGCGAUUGGAACAUUUGGCGCAAAAAUUCAAGCACAAGGCAGAUGCUCACGAGGAUUGGACCGCCGGCAAAGAAGAGAUGCUUACGUCUCAACACUUCCGACAGUGUAAAUUAAACGAACUUAAGGCUCUGAAAAAGAAGCAUGAAGCUUUCGAAUCAGAUCUUGCUGCUCAUCAGGAUCGCGUAGAACAAAUCGCAGCUAUUGCUCAAGAACUUAACACCCUCGAGUACCACGAUAGCGCAUCUGUGAACGCUAGAUGCCAACGCAUUUGCGAUCAAUGGGAUCGCUUGGGUACGCUCACUCAACGUAGACGUCAAGCUCUUGAUGAAGCCGAGAAAAUAUUGGAGAAGAUAGACGUCUUACAUUUGGAAUUUGCCAAGCGCGCUGCUCCAUUCAACAAUUGGUUGGAUGGAACUAGGGAAGAUCUAGUGGACAUGUUUAUCGUCCAUACAAUGGAAGAGAUCCAAGGUCUGAUGGACGCACACGCUGCAUUCAAGGCUACGCUAGGCGAAGCAGAUAAAGAAUACAAUUCAAUUGUGGGAUUGGUACGCGAAGUCGAAUCCAUUGUCAAGCAAUAUCAGAUUCCUGGCGGCCUAGAAAAUCCUUAUACUACUCUCACUGCAAUGGACCUUACUAAAAAAUGGAGCGACGUUAGACAAUUAGUCCCUCAACGUGAUGGUACCCUAGCAGCUGAACUUCGCAAACAACAAAAUAAUGAACUGCUUAGACGACAAUUCGCUGAAAAAGCCAAUGUUGUUGGACCAUGGAUAGAACGUCAGUUAGAUGCCGUAACUGCGAUUGGUCUCGGUCUUCAGGGAACUCUCGAGGAUCAGUUACAUCGUCUGAAAGAGUACGAACAGGCUGUAUAUCAAUACAAGACUCAUCUUGAAGAAUUGGAGAAGAUUCAUCAAGCGGUUCAGGAAGGUAUGAUCUUCGAGAACCGCUACACUCAGUAUACCAUGGAAACGCUGCGCGUUGGUUGGGAACAGCUUCUAACAUCGAUCAAUCGCAACGUUAACGAAGUUGAAAAUCAAAUUCUUACCAGAGAUUCAAAGGGAAUCACUCAGGAACAAUUGAAUGAAUUCCGCAGCAGUUUCAAUCAUUUCGACAAAAACAGGACAGGUCGAUUGGCACCGGAUGAAUUUAAAUCUUGCCUCGUAUCUCUGGGGUACUCUAUUGGGAAGGACAGACAGGGCGACAUCGACUUCCAACGAAUUCUGGCCAUUGUCGAUCCUAAUAAUUCAGGCUAUGUGCACUUUGACGCUUUCCUCGAUUUCAUGACACGUGAGUCUACUGAUACUGAUACAGCGGAACAAGUCAUCGAUAGUUUCCGUAUUCUGGCUGGUGACAAGCCUUACAUCUUGCCAGAUGAAUUGCGGCGAGAAUUACCACCGGAUCAGGCGGAAUAUUGCAUUCAGCGAAUGCCUCCAUACAAAGGACCGAGCGCUGUGCCUGGAGCAUUAGACUAUCGCUCUUUCUCAACGGCUCUAUAUGGUGAAUCUGAUUUGUAAAUUUACAUAAUAAUCGAUAUUAUUCGAUGCGGAAUAAUAUAAAAAAAAAAGA